AUGAAUGGUAAUGAUAUAAUUGAAAGAGAUGAUGAAAUUAGAUUAGCUUUAGUCGGUAGAGAUAAAAAGAAAGAUGACUUUUGGAGUAAGUCAGUACCAUGGAUACAAUUUGUGUCUGCUAUCGGUAUUCCUUUAUUAAUCGCUGUUUGGUUUUAUUUUCAAGUUUUUCAAGGUCCAUUGGAUUAUAAUGGUUAUCUUUUUUCAAUCUUUUUAGCUACUCAACCAUUUGUUUAUACUGAAAUUUCACCUGGAAGAGUAAUUAUUUUACCCAGAAGUUUGGAGUUCGAUGGAAUCUUUUAUUCGGAAUCUAGAUAUUUGUACAGGACAUCUGCUGUAUAUCAUACAAUUCUUCUUAUAGUCUCUUCUCGGUUGCUUAUUAAGGCAAGAAGAAGAAACGUAGAAGCAUUCAAUGAUGGCUGGAGUCUUGGAGCUUAUGAAGGGUUAUGUUAUUUUCUUAUGGCAAUAUAUUCUAUUCUCAAUAUUUGUGUUGCAAUUGUUGAUUUCCCAUUUGAGAAUACUUUGUUCUUAACUUUUUAUUUGCUGACGAUGUGGAUGUGCAUUAUGAUGCUUUUAGAAGCUACUGUUUGUAAAACUUAA